AACGCCAUCGCCACUCGCAAGAAUCCGCCAACAGAGAGAGAGAGAGAGAGAGAGAGAGAGAGAGAAUUUCUAGGAUAAGGGUUUCUUCGUCUUUCCUUACUUAAAGCAGAGGAAUCAAAACCUGGAUGCUCUUCAGAUCCCUCUCUCGGCUGUCGAUCCUCUGCUUCAAGACCCGAAGCCCUUGCAUUUCCGCAAAUCUUAGCUUCUUCGGAUCCCUUCCUUAUUCAGAACUAGAAAUCUCCUGGUUUCUGAAGAAAUCUCGGUUCCUUUCCCUCCCCCUGCUUUUCACAGCUCCGAAAGGUUUCAGGGUCAGAGCUGUGACUUUUGCUAUCAUGUCCAUGUCAACCUCAGCAAGUCCAGUUGCGGUGCCAGAUAAAGGGGAGGCAGUCCAACUGCUUAUUGGGGUUGAUGAUGCCUAUGGGGGCGUCACUGUUGACAUGAAGAUAGCUAUGGAUCCUGCAACCUUUCUUUCCUCGCUAAGAGCAUCAUUAUUGCAAUGGAAGCAACAGGGGAAGAAAGGCGUUUGGAUCAAGUUGCCCAUUGAGCUCGUAAAUCUUGUUCAACCUGCAGUUGAGGAGGGAUUUUGGUACCACCAUGCGGAACCAAAUUACUUGAUGCUCGCCUAUUGGAUCCCUGAUACUGUUCAUACUCUCCCUAUAAAUGCCACACACAGAGUGGGCAUAGGUGCUUUCGUGAUGAAUGACAAAGGAGAGGUGCUGGUAGUCCAGGAAAACAGUGGCCAUUUCAGGGGAACAGAUGUGUGGAAGUUUCCUACUGGAGUCAUUGAUGAGGGGGAGGAUAUUGCUGCUGGGGCAGUAAGGGAAGUCAAAGAGGAGACAGGAAUUGACACAGAAUUUGUGGAAAUACUUGCAUUCAGGUUUGCGACUAAUCCCAAAAUAUUGCAAAGCCACAAGGCAUUCUUUGGAAAGUCAGAUAUAUUCUUUGUAUGCAUGUUACGUCCCCUCUCCUUCGACAUUCAAAGGCAAGAGUUAGAAAUCGAGGCAGCGCAGUGGAUGCCUUUUGAAGAAUAUUCAGCACAACCUAUUGUCCAGAAAUACGAGCUUUUGAAAAAUAUUGCUGACAUUUGCUUAGUGAAGGCCUCGAAGAAAGGGUAUGCUGGAUUUUUGCCUGUCAGUGUAAAGUCGGGCUUCCCUGGUCAGCAAAGCCACUCUUACUUGUAUUUGAAUAGCAGGGAUUUGAAUCAUCUAUCAAGUUCUGGCAAUGAGCCCUAGAAACUAUUACUGGCUUUUGACAUUAUCUGUUUGUAUUGUUUUCACAUAUUCUGUUUAAUGUGUUACAUGUUCUCUCUUCUCUAUCCAAUGAAACUAAGAUGAAUACAUUAAUUGUUUAUUGUUAA